CAGUGUUCAGCUGCGCGCUGUGGUCUAGCGGCCGCGAUCUUACUCAUUGCUUUCUUGCAAAAUAUAUCCAUACAUGACGUGAUGUUCGAGGCGUUUUUUGUCCGAUCGAAGAUCGGUGCAAAAAUUCGUCGGCGAUACUACUCGAAUCGUAUCUUCAUCUGGGAGAUAUUCGGUCAAAACUGUUCAAAUUGUAUCGUUUCAUUCCUAGUAGAAAAUGUCCGUUGUAGAGGAGGCGAAUUUGAGUGAAGAAAGUCCGGCACAAACGCGAAAGACCGAUCGAAUGUUGACGAAAAUAUUACAAAAGCUUCAUCGCUUGGGUCCGUCAGACGAACAAAAACUCGGUGAAGAUGUUUCAGUUCCAGAAAACGAAGCUUUAUCGGAGCCAAGCGAAAAUGAAAAGAUUUCUGAAGAAACGUCUGAUUUGCCGGCAAAUUUCUCCACUUCCGAGCAUGCAAUGGACGGCAGGCUAGGACUACGAUCUUCUGGCCACGGUUCAAGAAUAAACGCAGAUAGGCCAAGCAGAGAAUAUGUUUACACUAAUGGCGAGAUUCAACACGAAAGCCACGACGACGGUCGUGUUUUUCGAGAGGAGAGAAGCUUCCUCAGAACACAGCAAAAGGCGGAAGAAGCCUUACAUUUUAGUAAACAGGCUAGAACGAGCGACCUAAUCAAUGGGCCAACGUUGCCAAGAUUCAGCAUGACACUCGCAGACGACGAGAAACCGCUCCCGAGUAUAAGUAUAACUUCGGGACAAACAAGUCCACGUCAGAGCGAAGCUGAACUUCCAUUGACGCUAUACAAGACUGAGAUUCAGGAUAAACAACCGCCGUCCUAUGAUAGCACUCAUAUAGAACUGAGGUCGAGAAAUAUUCCGUCUGAGUUGAAGUGCUCAAUGUGCCAACGUGAAUACAGCGAACCGAGACUCUUGCCGUGUCUUCAUAGUUUUUGUUAUCGUUGUUUGGAAGAAGAGGUUUCACACCGAACCGAGAACCGAAUACGCUGUCCAAAAUGUCAGAAAGAUUUCGACUUGGGGCGUUUUCUCAGCGUGAAGGGUCUGCCACCGAACUUCGUCGUAACCACAUUAAUUGAUAAGGCAGCGCUGGAACGUUUCGAGAUCGAGCCGAUUUCCUGCAGUAGCUGCGAGGAAAGACUGCCUGCCACUGUGCGCUGCACUGAUUGCAUGGAUUAUCUCUGUUCCACGUGUCAUAUCGCACACCACCGGCUAAGAUUGACUAAAGGUCAUCAGAUUUUAGCGUUACAAGACAUCAGAAGGAGUAAAAAUGUUGCCGAGCUGCUCCACAGACCUAUGUUUUGCUCUCAUCACUCGCAAGAGAAAAUUAGGUUUUAUUGUGAAAGUUGUGACCAGGCGAUAUGUCGGGACUGCACAAUGGGAAGUCACUCAAGCCGUGACCACAGAUACUGCUCUGUGAACGAAGCUAUCGAGAAACAACGCCUAGUUAUUGAAAAUCUCAUCGAGAAAGUACGUAAGCGCGAACCGCUGCUACGCCGAGCUAUUCAAACGGUCGAAGAAGUAAACACGAAGCUGGCGGCUAAAGCACAAACGGCGAAGAACGAAAUCAAUAAAUGUUACCCAAAGCUGUUGAAAGCCUUGGAGGAACGACAUAAGUUUAUGCUCAAUGAAGUAGAUAAAAUGUUUCACGGAAAAGCCAAGGUUCUAAAUUUUCAACAAAGAGGGCUGGAAGUGGACUUGGAAAACUUGUUGAACACGUGUAAAGUCACAGAUGAAGUACUUCGGCAUGGCAAUGAAACGGAAGUUCUGGUGGUAAAAAAAUUGCUUUCGGAUCGUUUGGCUGAGUUGGAUACGGCAAAAAUACGGCAAGAUCCUGAGGAGAACGAUGUCGUCUAUUUCAAUGCUCAAGAAGAGACUAUGAUGAAAGCGAUUCAAACACUCGGCAGUGUCAAAGUUUCCUCAGCCUAUGCCGCACUCUCGUGUGUUGUUGGAGGACUAAAGAGAGUGCCACACGGAAAAAAAUCGUCUUUUACCGUUAAUACCAGAGAUCAUUAUGGUACGCAGUGCAGUGACGGAGGUGAAAGAUUACAAGUUAACAUACAGUCUACUGCUGGAGAUUAUACCCUGCCUGAAAUAGCUGACAACAGAGAUGGCAGUUAUGUUGUCUCUUUUUGUCCGUCAAAACUUGGAACGCACCGAGUGACAGUAUGUAUUCAAAACGAACACGUCCAAGGGAGUCCAUUCACGGUGCAGGUCGUUCAAUCUGGAGGAAUGAUCCUGAAGUUUGGUAGAAAGGGAAGCAACAUGGGAGAAUUCAAUGGUAUUUUCGGGGUGGCGGUGGAUCCUGUUGAGGGAAGAAUUGUUGUAACCGACUGUCAUAAUCACCGCGUCCAGGUUUUCAGCGCAGAUGGUAUAUUUAUCUUUCAUUUUGGUCGCAAAGGUGAAGGAAGCGGGGAAUUCCAGUGUCCAACGGGUGUUUCAAUUGAUGCUCGAGGACAGAUCAUCGUCUGUGAAAGACUGAGUUAUAGAUUACAGGUAUUUUCCCGGGAUGGUUCAUUCCUACGUGAAUAUCGUAUACCAGAUUUAAAGGCGUCAACACUGGCUAUUGGGGAAGAGCAUCAAAUUGUAAUUGCUGACUCUGCAAAUCGUUGCGUUCAUGUGGUUAACAUGGAAACAGGUCAUUCGAUCAAGUUUGGUUCGUUUGGAGACGAGACAGGAGAGUUGUCAUAUCCAUGCUAUGUAGCUGUGAACGACAGAGGUCAUAUAAUCGUGUCAGAUAUGCAUAGUCAUAAGAUACAGGUUUUCGAUUCUCGCGGUCAAUUUUUGUUCAAUUUCGGCAAGAAGGGAAGCCUCGAAGGAGAACUGCUUCGUCCAACCGGGGUGGCGGUCAAUCGAGAAGGGCAUAUCAUUGUUGCGGAUAGAGACAAUCAUAGGAUACAAAUAUUCACCGCCGAUGGAAAUUUUUUGCACAAAUUUGGGUGGAAAGGUGAUGGCGAUGGACAGCUUAAUGACCCUCAUGGCCUAGCCAUUACUAGGGAUGGUAGUAUUGUCGUGGCAGACUUCAGGAAUAAUCGAGUACAGGUGUUUGGCAGAGUUGGUUAGUUGGUCAAGAAAGAUGCUGACGCACGGAUUUAAUCGAUCGAGCUGUUGUCCAAGAAAACGCUAUACCGUAAUGGCAAAUCUGCUUUGAAGCCACGUUCAAAGGCAUAGGCUUCUUUCGUUGAUCACAAGCUAACAGCUUGUAGUAACAAGUAAAUUUAAUUUCGACGUGACUGUAAUCAUAUCAUAUAUAUUGCAUCUAGAUUUAGCUAACCGACACAUUUAAUCGUGAUAGAAUUUAUUAUUCACUAAAUUUAAUUUAAAGUAAAUGCACAUUCGUGAUUUGUCGCUUGCCAAUAGCAUUAUUCAUGAUUUUAUGAGUGACAGUCUCCGUCAUUGACUAGAAGCUAUUUUUUCCUUAGCAAGAUCUUACUAUAUAUGGCUAAAAUCGCUUUAUAAACCCUUUCAAGAUAUUCUCCACCUUUUUGCAAUGCGGUGAAGGUAAUGAGACAUUACGAUAUGCAUAAAUGAUACCAAUGAUGACGUGACUCCUAUAGCAAUGAAUUCUAUGUAAUCUGGAACGAUGACUUGGUGAUGUUUGAAGCCAAUUUGAAGCCGAACUGAUAGACCAGUCCACUUCUAUUUUUCUAGUCUUCACGGAUUACGAAUGCGGCGACAAGCCUGGAACUGGUCCUCAAAUUAAGCGGCUCCAAAAUGGCGGUAAAGAACUCAUCAGUUAUCGUUUCAUCUUGCCCAUGUAGUAACAUCAAUAAUGAAUUGAGGCUGUAUAAUCAAAAUUAUGACUUUCCAGUCACCACACUACAUAUUCAGGGUGCAUCAAAAGAAAUGCAAUUAAGGGAGUAAGACUUUUCACGUUUUGAUCAGCAUCAAUGAGCUGAAAGACUUUCCACAAUUUGUCGAAGGAUCUCUAUGGCGUCUUUGUUCCUUGGAUGCAUUUUUAUAGCUCUGUAAUAUAAAGGAUAUAAUAGAGUUCAAUAAUUUAAUUUGUUGCCAAAGAGUUCACUUUAUGCUGUUAUGCAUGCAGUUUUAUCUUCAUGAAGAUGAAGUGUCAAGGUGGUCGUAUGCAAAAAUAUUGGGUUAUCCUAUUUUAAAAUAUAAAGAAAAUAAGAACUGUGAUUAAUUAUAUAUAGAAUCU